CUGCACCGGCUGUUCCGGACGGCCGGGGACCGGAACGCCGAGCACCGGGCCAAGAGGGUGUGGAGAGGGAUGGGGGGGGCGGAGGAGGGAAAGGAGAGAGGAGGAGAGGAGGAGGAAGAGGAAGAAGAGGAGGAUGCGGGGGAUGAUGUGGGGCUCGCCCAGGCUCUGGUGGGCCUGAGGGUCCGGGCGAGGAGUAAAUCUGGACUCAGGAUGGAGGGACACAGAGAGCCCAGGUGGCACAAAGCAUCCGGAUACCUCAGGGUUGAGGAGCCUUUAUCUGACUACACUUUGGAAGACGAGGAGGUCGAUUUAACAAAAAGUGUGGAAGAAUUCCAGCUGCCGACUGAGGAAGACAUCCAAGAGAAGCAAAACCCCUUCAAACCGUCGUCAUGGAGACUGGGCGUGAGGCUGGAGGGCGCCAGAGACUCUGACCGCUACCUCCACCGCAUCCUCCACUGA